GUUUCCUCCGGUUCAAUCCAUCUAAUUCUUUUUCCGGGGGCAAGAUGCAUCUAACGGAUAAUCAAUUUACCUCUAUCGGGCUGACGCAAAACAAAACACCUACACACACGCUGAUCCGAGUGCGGAACAAUCAGCGACGUCACCGUGAGCGACGACGACAGUAUAUCGCCUUCCUUGAAGAGAAGGUUGACCAUAGCGAACAUCUUCUCGUACAGGCAAGAGCGAGGAUUGCGGAACUAGAAAGUAAUUGCAGAUACUGGAAGUACCGGGCUGCUAAGGAGCAUCCUGAUGGAGAUGUGACUCCGGAGUCGUUGGCACCAACAGAAGGACAACAACAUCUAGAGAAAAUGGGUGACGGGGCACUAAAGACCACCUUAUGGGUCCCAGACACCAGUCGCUCACCCGAUAUGGCUACCACAUCCAAGUCUCGACCCUCCCUGGCGGCAACGAAUUCUAUGGUCGUAGACAGGUCCUUCACCCUAAUGGCUUCACCGCCGGAACCAUCACCAGCUUUCAUAACGCCAGCCUCUGUGCAUCUCUUCCAUAUUCCAGAACCCAGUCUCAUUCCGCAACAUAAGACAGAGGUGGACAUGGAAUCUAUAUCAGCCCUUAAAGACGACACAAUCGCCGGCCAAUCCGAGGACGCCUCUCAGGGCCCCUUAGGUCCGGAGUCAGACUGCAAGACAUAUCCUUCCCUCCAAGGCGAAUCCACCGUACCUUGUAGUCAUACAUCCAUUUUAAUUGCACAACAGAAUGUUCGAGGAAUGGAUGAAAACGCUAUUCGAGGUUGGCUAAAGAAAGGCUUCCGGCGUAGGAAACACCAGGACGAAGGUUGUCGGGUUGAGACAUCAUUAUUGUUCGCUUUAUUGGAUUUCAUCAGCACGUUUUAAUCGUACCGUCUAGCUGCUCUUCGAUCAGGGAGACGAAUUUAGAAACCCUUGCUCAUUUCGUUCCAUAAUAAUGAUCAUAUUGGCAAAUCGAC